AAGGAUAAGGUAUAAGUAACAUUCACACUUUACAUUGCUUAAUAAUAAUUAAGUAGAAAUAUUGUUAAUCUUCAGUUUGAUUGUGAUCAAAAAAUUUAAGGAUUUUAAAUGCAUUUCAUGUACAGGACGCUUGUACACGUUUGGUGGAGGUGAGAAAUUAUUGAUUUUAAAUCAUUUAAAUUCAAUGAAAAGUUACGAUCCAAGAGAGGGAAAAUGGAAAUCACUAAAACCAAUGAAUGAGGGAAGACACAAAUUGUGUAGUGUUGUUUACAAUGAUGAGAUUUACGCCAUUGGUGGUUAUGGAUUAAGUGUGGAGCGGUAUAAUAUACGAACCAACACUUGGACCAAUGUUGGCAGCUUGAACCGCGAGCGAUAUGGUUCUUGUGCUUGUGUUGUGAAUGGGAAGAUAUACGUCAUUGGAGGUGGUUAUGGUGAUGCAUCAAAAUCAAUUGAGGCUUAUGAUGCAACAAACAAUGAAUGGAAGAUUGAAACCAACAUGGAGACACCAAGAGAUGAUGCAUUAGUUGUAGCUUUGUAAACAAUGAAAAUCUUCAACCAAACU